UCCCUGUCCAUCCUCCGCCACACGCGGGAGGCCCCGCGCCCUUUUAUUUUCCGCGGACGAAAACAAAAAAAGGGAAAGCCUGUCGGCGCAGUUACGUAACGUCCGAGAUACUCUGCCGCCGCUCUUUAUAAGGUUCGUACAUUUAAUUCCCCUCGUCCCAAGAGCCCGAAGGUAGGCGUGAGAUAUAUACAUACAACGUCGUCCCGGGUCUAUACAGAGAGACCCAUGGAGGCUUGAGACAGGUGGUUUAUCAAGAUGCGGAAAGGGGCGAGCUGAUAAAGCGCUCUCGCUGGCUUAGUAUAUAAGGCCGGCAAGUCGGAAGGGACGUCGUAGGUGUGCUCGCGGUUGUGGACGUUCAGGAACCCAUCGUGCCGGAACCGCAGCGAAGAGAAACCAUGAGGUCCCUAUUGGCGCUCGCCUUCCUUGCCGUCGCUGCCAACGCGUUGUACUACGAGACGAAACCGGAGCUAGCGAAGUACCAGGACGAGGCUGAGUGCUUCCCGUACGAGGAGUACUGGUACGUCAUCUACCGCACGUUCGAACACGACCCCUACCUUGGCGAUGGCAAGUGCGUGCGCCUCACGCAGACCAAGCCUCUGGUGAACGGAACCGCGGAAGCACAUCUCAAGGACAGCACCGGUGCGGUUCUGGACUUCACAACGGAACUGCACAAGGCGGAUGGAUACAAACACUACAACAAGCAUAACGUGACUCUACUGAACGGACCAAAGAAGGGCCACAGCUUCAGCCUGUACAGCGCGUACUCUGACUGCUACGAAUGCAAGGUCUACAGGCACCCGUACGCUGGUGAGAAUGCCUGCUCGCUGCUGGUACCUGCUCACAAGAAGAACCACCUGACCCAGUCGUGCAAGUUCAUCUUCCACCUCCUCUGCGGACACACCUACCAGACUGUCUACGACGAGACUUGCCACGCUCAUUGAGCUCGCCGGUGGAUACGGCACAAGGCCCCGUAGCAUGGAACAAUUACGCUGCAAUUAGCCCCCCGCUGCCUGGUCUCUAUCUGCAUAAUGUGGCAUCCAAUAAAGGCAUUACUCGUCGCUGUACACGCACGGGUUCUCGGUUCUGAGUUUUCUUCCAAAACGGUUUCCGCAGAUGUAUGCCA